CAUGAUCUCGCGCACAAUGAACACAGAAACACCUGCGGACAGAACCGCGCAUGCUGCUCCCAGCAUUGCGCAUGCUAUGUUCUACCUUCCGGAGCUCCUGGACGCCAUCUUUAGAGCAGGAGAUCUCCCUAAAAGUGACCUCCGACGCCUUUGUCUCGUUUCUCGGGCCUGGAAGGACGCGGCCGAACCCGUGCUAUGGGAAACUCUUGACAGUCUGCGUCCGCUGCUCAACCUCCUCCCCGAUGACGCGAUACCAUCGCGUCAUGCUUACCGUUAUACUCCUCCACUCGAGGUCUAUCAGGAUGAAGAGGGGGUCCUGCGCGAGCGAAGGCGGGAACUAGUGCCCGAGGACUGGUCGGUCUGGAGGAGGCUCGCGAGACUCGUUCGCUUCAUUCACAUCGACUUUGCGAUUUAUCUCGAGGACCAGCAGCGGAUUUUGCGGUGUCCGCCUGGCGCGUUCCUUCUGCCAAGGCUGCGGGCGAUAGAGCUGCGCUCGCGGCAAUUUACCCCAAUCGACUCUGCAUUUCUCCGGCUUUUGCUCGCGCCUACGAUCACGGAGGUCUGCCAGCAUCAGAACUUCCUCCCCGCGACCUCCUGGUCAUACAUCGUUGCCUCCCUGCCUAGUCUCACUCACUUCAGACUGCGCACAGAAGAUGCGAGCGCGGAAUUCUGUAGUGCGCUCGUGAAGGCGCUGGAUGCCCGUCCCACGCUGCAGCGCGUUUCUCUAACGUUCGAUUCUGCAAACAGCAGCGCGGGCCUUCUUCCGAGCCUCGCGACAUGUCCCGCGCUGCACGAUCUGCGUAUCUACGCGAUGGACACGAACGAUGACGAUCGGCGUGCUGUUGUUCCAUGCCAGGGCUUCAGCGCGCUCAAGCAUCUUUCUUGCAUCGGGACGUCGCUCCCCUUCCUCUACUCUGUCCUCUCCUCCCGACCCGCCCUCCCGCUCAGCACGCUCGACGCCGACGUCCGCAUGCGCGCCCCCGCCGACCUUCACGCGCUCCUCAGCACGAUCAGCGCGCACGUCGACCGCGGCGCGCUCACGCAGAUCGAGGUCGCGAACGCGCGCUGGGAUUUCGAGCACGUACCGACCCCCCUAAGUCCGGACGCCCUCCGCGCGCUCGCUGGUUUCCGCGCGCUGACCGUCCUCGCGCUCGGCAGGAUCUCCGCGCUCGCGCUCGCGGACGCAGACUGGCGCGAGGCCGCGGGCUGGUGGCCGGAGCUGGAGCACCUGCGUAUCGAGAUGGACCGCGCGGCCGAUCCCGCGGGCGCGUGCCCGCUCGCCGCGCUCGGCCACCUCGCGCGCGGCUGCCCGCGCCUGGUGCACCUAGAGAUGCCCGUCGACGCUACCGUGGUCCCGGGCGCUGUCGAUGCGUCGUCUGUCUCGCACGCCAUCGACGCGUCGUCUGUUUCGCACGCUGUCGACGCAUCGGCUGGGUCCCGUGCGACUUGCCUGGAGCUCUUCAUCUGCCCGCGCAUGUCGCCCAUUGCGGACGCGGGCGUGGUAGCGAGAUACCUCGCAGGGAUAUUCCCGGCGCUGCAGGCCGUCGUGGUCAAGUCAUCGACGGUCUUACGACAGCACACGCGAGACGUGAGAGAGCACUUCUCCAUUCGUCACGGUGUUCAAGGUAGGGCCAGCGGUUUGCGUGCAUAUCAGGAGGUUGGCUGA